AUGUCAUGUUGCGACAGUUCUAUCGCUGGUGAGCGAUUUCCAGGCACCGGAUGCUGCGGAUCAAGCUGCGCCGGAGGUAGAUCCGGAUGUCUAGCGUCUGAGCCGAGGAUACGCUCUUGUAUGUGUCAAGAGAACGUGGGUUGUCUGGACAGGGCAGAUUGCGGGGGAUUUCGACCGAGAGGUACGGCUGCCACUGGAGCAUGCCCUGGACCGUGUCAGUGCGCUGAGGAAGAGGCGUGGAAUAGUAAUUCACCGCCUAAGCCGAAUUGCGAGUGGCUAUCGAAUUUCAGUGAGUUGAGGAGACAGUGGAGCGAUCACGCGAGGAAGAAUAGUUGCAAGUGUUGCAAUUGUGCUCCGACAAGACGAGCAACGCCGUGCAGGCCCUGUCCCUCUCCCCCAAAACCCUGCAAAUCGUCCACCAGGACCUGCACCUUCGACGAAAGAUUGUCCGGUGGUGCCUGCGGGGGUGCGUCCUGCGACAACGACCAGCGAAGCUACCCGGGCACUUCCGCAGGGAACUCCUGUCAGCCCUGUGCCCCAAAAUCCAUCCUAAAGCCCCGCAGCUGUUGCCAAUGCACAGGCAACUACUGCAUGUGUCAACCAAUGCCCAGAAACUGCAACUGCCCGCCACCCCCGCAGGUCGAUGCCCGGGCCGAUCGUGAAUGUUCCUGCGAGUGUCCCUCUUCCCCAGAAUGCGCGUGUCCCCCGAGUGAGCGGAAAUUCCCGAAGACCAAAGUUCGCUGUCCAAACGCUAGAUUGUGCUGUCCAACACCUAGACCCCAGCCCGGGCCCAAGUGCAAUUGCUCCAAGUGUCAGCCAUGUCUUCCGCCGCCAUGUGACCCCUGUACCUCAACAAAAUGCCGGCCGGCGGUUGUCAAGGUCGCGCCAUGUCCCCCGGAGCCACCUUGUUCACCCUGUAACCCAACUCCGGCGUGCUGUCCCAGACCAUCAUCCCCACCGUGUGCCCCCAGCAGACCCCAGACAGCGAACCGAGUGGGCUGCAUGCCACCCUGCAGACGACCAGGUCAGUCUGCCUUUCAUCCCACGAUUUAUUCUCGUAGUUGUGCAUUUUUAAAUCAUGAUGACAUUGAAAAGGAAGUGGAGGGGACAGGUAAUAGACAGCAAGUCAGGGGGAAAAAGGGUCAGUGUCAGUGCGGGGAUGAUGGUCGCGGGUGUGCCGAUGAUUGUCAAUUUUGUUGUUCUGUAAAUUGUGCUAAAGAAUCACCGGAACUGACGAAAAAUGAGACAUCUAGGGUUCAGAGUCAAUGCAACUGUAGCUCGUGUGCUCAUAAAGGACAACUCAGGGAGGAAAAGAGUCAGUGUCAGAGCAGUGAUGACGGUCGCGGGUGUUUUGAUGACUGUCGAUCUUAUUGUUCUGUCAAUUGCGCUGACGACUCCGCGGACAGAACGAAUGAGAUGUCUAGGGUUCGGAGUCAGCACAACUAUAACUUUGAUGCUCGUAAAGGACAACAACUCAGGUGGAAGAAGAGUCAAUGUCAGUGCGGUGACGACGGUCGCGGGUGUUCUGAUGACUGUCGAUCUUGUUGUUCUGUCAAUUGCGCUGACGACUCCGCGGACAGAACAAACAAUGAGAUGUCUAGGGUUCGCAGUCAGCACAACUAUAACUUUGAUGCUCGUCAAGGACAACAACUCAGGGGGAAAAAGAGUCAGUGUCAGUGCGGUGACGACGGUCGCGGGUGUUCUAAUGACUGUCGAUCUUGUUGUUCUGUUAAUUGCGCUGAUGACUCCGCGGAAAGAACGAAUAAUGAGAUGUCUAGGGUUCGGAGUCGGCACAACUAUAACUUUGAUGCUAGUAAAGAACAACAACUCGGGGGGAAAAAGAGUCAGUGUCAGUGCGGUGACGCUGGUCGCGGAUGUUCUGAUGACUGUCGAUCUUGUUGUUCUAUCAAUUGCGCUGAAGACACAGCGGAAAGAACGAACAAUGAGAUGUCUAGGGUUCGCAGUCAGCACAACUAUAACUUUGAUGCUCGUAAGGGACAACAACUCAGGGGGAAAAAGAGUCAGUGUCAGUGCGGUGAUGACGGUCGCGGGUGUUCUGAUGACUGUCGAUCCUGUUGUUCUGUCAAUUGCGCUGAAGACUCAGCGGAAAGAACGAAAAAUGAAACGUGUCGUGGUUGUGCGGCUGACUGUCAGCACUAUUGUGCGCUUGAAUGUUCUCGUGAAAUACAUAACGACACAAGAAAGAGAAUUUCCGCUGGCUCAGACGUUGAAACAACCCGGAGAUAUUCAAAUGAGACGGGAAUAAUGGAAAAGCGUAAUGUUGAUGAACUCAUUGAGAGCAACUCGAACACUCAACACUCACAGGACUCGUCACAAUUAAGAGAUUUGCGGGUGGUGAGGUGUUCCAGUGCUUCAGCAACUCCAAAGAGAUCGACUAGACUGUUGCAGUCACUCAUGCGGGGAAAAUCAUCAAAGGCUGGUGUUCAUCAUCAAGACAGUAAUUACAACGGUUGA